GGUGGCGAUGGAUACAACUUCAACAUCACCGUGAUUCUCCAGUUCCAUCCCAUUAUCAUCACAAGAGCGGAUCAGGGACUCGAAGUGAGCUGCUUCUAUCAACAGCCGCUGUCUCCCCAGGAGAUCACUCGGGUUGCAAAGAAUAUAGCGCUGAGCAAACAUCUCCGAUUUUGCACUUACCGUAUUCAUAGGUAUUCUCCCACACAAUGUGUCGCUUUGGACGCCAAAGUUGGCGAGACGUUGUUCCAUAAAUGGCAGUGCGAUAGCCUAGGACCGGAACUAAGUUUUUUCGUCUCUUUCAGAUGUGAAAUCGAUCAUCACUUCCUCGAAACGCCCAACUAUUCUCGACUGGGCCACCCGCAAGAGGAAACCUACGUAUUUCAGGAGAUGUCAGUAUUCAAGUUCCCAGGCGAAGGAGAUGUGUACUUCCAAUGCAAGAUAUCACUGUGUGAUAUGGAAGGCGGAACAAUGCCAUGCACUAAACAAGUGCCGCCUCGAUGCUCGAAAAGGACUCCAAAGAUUGCAUUCCGUGAGAAGCGUUCUGCUUCCCCAACCGAUUCACAAUCGUUGCCGGUACCGCCGAUUCUGAAUGUCGAUCAAACAGCUGGAAACCCAUCAAGGAUGAGAUCUCGGCGAAAUAUCGCUCAGACCAAGAAGGGUUUCUACAUGACACUCGAUGUGGAGACCAGGUGA